UUCCUCUCCCACUACCUGGCGCAGGUUUGCGCGCUCGAAUUCGCCGUGCACGGACGACACGCUCGAGUUUCUCGUCCCGUCGCCCAACUCGGAGAGCGCGACGCAGAUGCUAUGCCCGAACCUCGAGACGCUUUCCUACAGCGAGGCCCAACUCCAGGAGGAACGCAUUUCUUGAUUGACACCGCGGGCGAACGGGACACACACACACACACAUACACGUGGCGCUGCAUACGCACACGGGAUCAGAUACGGCGCAGAAGCGACGUGGCGACACGCAAUACGGAGGGUCUGACGGGGCAGUCGUCCUGGAGAAUGGGAUGAUCAGCGCGGUGCUGAGGAGGUGGCCGCAGGACAUGUCGGCCCAGGGCGAUUCACACCACAGCGGUACAAGGCUCACGCGCUGUCGGUGGCCUUGCAGCGGCAUCUGAACUCGAGCCCAAUCACGCUGUUCCACAAGGUGCUCUCGCUGGAGCGGGUGUGGCCGAGGAAGUGGAGCGAAGUACUAGGUGCGAUCAGGCUUGGUGGACACAAAGUAACACUCAUCAAAGAGCCGUGGGGUGGGUCCAUGUGUUGGGACCAUGCUGCUACAAUUCUGCAAGAGUUUACGCGACUACCAUCAAACGACUCGAAUCACCCCAAGUGCGAUUCUGCUGGCGGUCCUCUCCCUCUCGAACUUGUGACGAUGGGCGAUGAUGAGCUCUCUGGCACGUCGACAAUGACAGCUGUGCCCCGGAACCCGAUGAGCUUGGGAUGAGGUGUCGACUUUCAAUCCGCUUUUACUCAACUUCCCAUUGUCAUACCCUAGCUCCAGAGCGUGCGGAGCAUCCGGCGACCCCCC